GCCAGCGGGGCGCCCCCGCCGCCAUGUCCCCCCCGGCCUCGGCCGCCGCCACCAGCGAGGGAGGCAGCAGCACGCCGGUGCCUCCGGAGGAGGAGGCGGAGGGGGCCCGAGAGGAGCAGCGGCCGGUGAAGCAGUCCCUCAGCAAGUCCCUGUGCCGAGAGUCCCACUGGAAAUGCCUGCUGCUGUCCCUCCUCAUGUACGGCUGCAUGGGAGCCAUGACCUGGUGCCACGUCACCAAGGUGACCCGUCUGACAUUUGACAGCGCCUACAAGGGCAAGUCCAUGAUGUACCACGACAGCCCCUGUUCCAAUGGCUACGUCUACAUCCCCUUGGCCUUCCUGGUGAUGCUCUACGUGGUGUACCUGGUGGAGUGCUGGCACUGCUACACCCGCAAUGAGCUGCAGUACAAAGUGGACGUGGAGAGCGUGCACGAGCGUGUGCAGCGGAUGCAGCAGGCAACCCCCUGCAUCUGGUGGAAGGCCAUCAGCUACCACUAUGUUCGUAGGACCCGGCAGGUUACCCGCUACCGCAACGGGGAUGCCUACACCACCACCCAGGUGUAUCACGAGAGGGUCAACACCCACGUGGCAGAGGCCGAAUUCGAUUAUUCCAACUGUGGAGUUAAGGACAUCUCCAAGGACCUCAUUGACUUGGAGAGCUAUCCGGCCACACGGCUCCGCUUCACCAAGUGUUUCAGCUUUGCCAAUGUGGAGUCAGAGAACUCCUACCUGACCCAGCGUGCCCGCUUCUUCACAGAGAAUGAGGGCUUGGAUGACUACAUGGAGGCCAGGGAGGGCAUGCACCUCAAAAACGUGGACUUCAAGGAAUACAUGGUGGCCUUUUCCGACCCAGACAACCUGCCUUGGUAUGUAUCCCACUAUGUCUUCUGGGUGGCGGCUCUGCUGACCCUAUCCUGGCCCCUGCGGGUGCUAAAUGAGUACCGCACCUCCUACGUCCAUUACCAUGUAGAGAAACUCUUUGGGUUCGACUACGUGGCAGUGACGCCGGCCGAGGAGCGCUCCUUCUGCCGGAGGAUGCCCCGCGUCAACACGGUGGACAGCACUGAGCUGGAGUGGCACAUCCGAUCUAACCAGCAGCUGGUGCCCAGCUACUCAGAAGCAGUCCUGAUGGACUUGGUGGGGCUCUCUGGCUGCACCAACUACUCUGCUUGCCGGUACGGGGGCUACCGGCAGAACUGUGAGCGGUGCCACAGGACUAUAAGCAGCUCCUCCAUCUUCUCCCGCAGUGCCCUGAGCAUCUGCAACGGCAGCCCCAGGAUCCCCUUCAGCAGCAGCCGCUUCUCCCUGGGCCGCCUGUAUGGCUCACGGCGCAGCUGCCUCUGGCAGAGCCGGAGUGGGAGCCUCAAUGAGCAGAGCUGCCCCACGGAGCAGACCCGCCUCUCCAGCCAGGUGACUGUGGAGGAGGAGGACCCCCCUCCUUACCAGGAUGCCCUCUACUUCCCCAUCCUCAUCGUGCACCGCAAUGAAGGCUGCCUGAACCAUGACCACCGUCACCUCCACCGCAACGGGUCCUGCGUGGAGACCUCACUGUGAAAGCCGAGGCCGGUGAGAUCUCAUUGCCCACUGCCUGGCUCGAGCCAGUGCAGGAUUUGGGGAGAGGAGCGCAGGGGAGGCAGAUGGCCUAGGAGGACAUCAGGAUGGAGCGGACGGAGCUUCUCGCUCCUGCAGCCAGCAAAAGCUCCUCACACCGUAGCCCUGACCUCCCAGAGGGGUGAGUGCUGAUGCUCCCCCUGACAUGGCACAGAACUCUAGACCAUCACAUGC